AUGGUGUUAAUACUUUCAUGUAUUUAUACAUUAUUACAACGACCAAAUAAAAAUACAAAUUCAUUAAAUAAUGAACAUGUUAAUAAAGAACAAACAAUAAUUGAUAGUUCAUCAAUAAUAUCAUCAUCAGAUAAUACAUACUUGCAUAUACAGUUUUUGCUUUUUUUUCGUGCUUUAAUUAAUGCACGUUAUUCAACUAAAGUUAAUGAAUGGACUUUAUUAUCAAUGACAUAUUGCACAAAGAAAAAUCACUAUGUAUGGCUAUGUGGGGGUUAA